AUGAUGGACGAGGCCGGGAAGGAUGAGGGGGUUCACCAUUCGGUUGGUGGGCCCUUGGAGGCCCGGCUUAAGGGUCUUAAGGCCAAGCUUCAUGAGAAGGUGAAGUCAGGUGAGGUGGUCACCGCUUUGAAGAAGGCCCUGCUGCCCCGGGGUCGUGCCCGCGAUCUCGAGGAGGUCGCUGAUGAGUCGUACAGCGAAGGCGACGAGGACGAUGAUGGCCUGGACUCAGGCCGUGGGGGCAGUGGCUUGGUGGCGAAGAGGAGGCAGCUUCGGCGCUACGCCCAGGAUCACCCCGGUCGUCUGCUUUGCAAGGGCUUGGAGAAUAUGAGGGAGCAGGUUGGUGAGAUUUUUGGGGACGAGGAACUCGGUGAGGACAAGUAUGCCCCGGUGGUCACCCGUUACCUGCUUUCCGUGUUGCUCCCGAACUACCCUGCCAAGCAUCAGCACGAGGACCGGCUGCGGGAGAUGAGGACUUUGGCCAUGGGGUUGGAUAUGAUCCUUAGGGGAAAGAUUGAUGGUGCAGCCGAUCUGUUCAUGCAAAGGUUUAAGUCCUUGAGCAUGGCCCUAAGGGACGGUGAUCCACGCUAUGGUCGCUACUUGGAGUUGCUUCCCGAGGACCUGAUUGGUGGUGGGGCGACGCAGGGCGAGACCGAGUAUGCCCGCACGAUGGCGCUCAAGGCUGCCAAGAGCGAGGGCAAAGCUCCGACCCCGCCCGAUUCCACAGUCGUUGCCGCACCGAAGCCCCCAUUGGAGAGGCGGGCGCCGCUCAGUGGCGCACGCGAUGGAAGUCGCCAUGUGAGCUUCGCGGAGGACAACCAGGAGGCUCCGGGGGUGAUGGCCCAGGAAGAGCCAGUGAGGGGGCUGGUGAGUGAAGAUGGUGCACCCAGUGAACGGCUGGGAGGGCCAUCGCCCCAGGCGGGGGGGCAUACCCUGGCCCAAAGCCUGGGGGAUCUUUUCCAACUUUUGGAUGUGGCCCCGGAUGUUACCUUCAAUGCUUUAGCGGGACAGAUCAUGUCAACAGUUGAGUGCCAGCAUAGGCUACAGUUAGGCAUUACGCUCCUUCAGCUGCUGCUUCUUUCGCUUAGGGACCGCGGCCACUUUUGCCAUUUCACGGAACUUCUCGAGACCAUCACGCCUCUUGCCGGUGGGACUCAAAAGCGGGAUGCGGGGAUUCGGCAGCGUGACUUGUUGCCUUUACCCAUUCCUGCCUUUGGCGCCCUCCUUAACCUUGUUAAGAAGCACAAGCAACCUGGCUCAGGAGUCAUCAUUUGGCGAGUGGCAGAGGCGCGGAAAGGGGGGAAACAGCAGCUUAAAAAGUCAGCUAGUGCCGCAUGCUUCCAGACUUGGCGGUUAUUGAGUGUCAUUACAUUGAAUGGAAUGGGCACUGGAUGGGAGAGGCUAGCGCCGGCUAGUGGACAUGUGGCAACACGGAGCCAAAACCUCGCGUUGGAGAGCUUGGCCAGGCGUUGUGCCUGGUGGUCUGGCUCCCCCCUCGAGGUGCGGCCACCUGGAGAUUUUUCUGAACUGAUACGGGCCCGGCAAGUUGACUACACGGGUGAUGCGGUGUUGAAAGCCUUGCCUCUUCGGCUUGAGGAGUUGGCUCCCGGGCUACCGGAGGAUGGCGUGGCAGGGAGCUUAGACGCCUCCAGCAUCGCAGAUGAGGUUGUCAAGUGUUGGGUGGAUGAUCCUGAUGUUGCUCUUCUUGAUUCAUCGGCUUGGCCUCAUCCAUUACCCUCUGCAUCCAUGAAUGUGGCGGUGCUUUAUAAGAAGGGGAUUGUUGCUCCGAUCGAGGUGGAAGAGAUUUUUCAUGUUGAUGGUGAGCCGGUGCUGAAUGGUGUUUUUGCGGUUGAAAAAGGUGGCGAGCCAGCCCCUGGUGAGUGCCGGGUCACGCGGCUGAUUAUGAACUUGGUGCCAGCCAACUCGCUCCAAAAACUGAUGCCUGGUGAUCUCGCGACUCUAGCCGGUUCUAGCCAUUGGAGUGGGAUCCAUUUGUUACCCAAUGAAGUGCUGCUCUGGUCUGGUGACGAUCAGAAGGGGGCUUUUUAUGCAUGGAAGCUCCCUAAGGCCUGGCGAAAGCUCAUGGCGUUCAAGAUGCCAGUUCCUGGGCGAUUGGUGGGAUGCCCGGGCACUCCUUAUGUUCACGUCGCUUCAGCUGUGAUUCCAAUGGGUUGGAUUAAUGCUGUCAGCUUGUUCCAACACCUUCAUCGUCGAGCGGGGCUCGCGGCUGCGCCCGUUGGUGCUGGGUUGGAGCCCAGCAAUGAAUGGCGUCGUGACAGGCCUGUCCCGCGGGGUGCCGUUGACGCGGGGGGCAGGUGGUUCCAAUACUAUUUGGAUGACUUUGAUUGCCCGGAGAAGGUUGCAAGGCACACAUGGAAAACCAUGGUUAACACGAUGUCGCCCACGCAGGCCAAGCAGCGGCUUUCGUAUGAUCGGAUUGGUAUUGGGAUCUCAGAGAAAAAGGCUCAUGUUCGUGAACCAUGUGUUGUACGUAUGGGUGCCGAGGUGGACGGGGUCACUGGGCUGUUGUCGGCACCGCGUAUAAAGAUUCUCGAAACAGGUUGGCUCCUCGUUUGGACGUUGAGUCGUCCGGUACUGUCGGCGCGUAUGAAAAUGGUUCUCCUUGCGCGCUUGACGCGCUGCUUUGAGUUUCGCCGCCCACUUAUGGGGUUGCUCAACAAAUGCUGGCCGAAGUCUAUGUGGUGCCGCGCCACUCCGCUUCCCUUUGACCACGCCUUUGAGCUUAUCACGGCAGGGGCGCUGCUGUGUUUGGCUGUGAUGGAUUUGCGGACGCCGGUGAGUGGGCUGGUGACGUGUUCAGACGCUUCCACAAUGGGAGGCGGAAUGUGUGUAUCGGCUGGGCUUACGGAUGCUGGCGAAAAGCUGUUGAUGAAAUUGGAUGCGGUUGAGCGACUCGUCACACAUUUCUUAAGAAUAGCCGAGAAAGGAGGAACUGACGUGCGCUUAGACGCGGGUAUUCCCUUCCGCGCUAAAGCCUGGCCUCGCAGUGGAGUGCAAAGCCAUCUGUUCAAAUGGGCUAUUGUUCACGGUUAUCCUUGGAGACAUUCGGCUCAUAUCAAUGUGUUGGAACUUCAAGCAGUUGUCAACUCGGUGAAGUGGCGUAUGCGACAAGCUGACAACCUUAACCAUCGGGUGAUGCUGCUAAUUGACUCACAGGUGGUGUGUGCCAUCGUGGCCAAAGGCAGAACAAGCAGUCAUCGGUUGCAGCAUGCUCUUAUGGUCCUCAAUGCCCUAUAUCCCAAGCCGAUGGUCCGAAAAUGCGCACAGCGAGCGCGGCCACAACUGACGCUGCAUGAGCAGAUGGUCAGCCGCGCCAUGCGGGCUCGUUACUCGCAAGCUGUCCUGUGCUUUCUGACGUAUCUUUCUGAUGCGGAUUUAGCAAUGCGUCGAAUCAGCGAGCUGUGUGAGGCUGCCAGCUCUUGGGUUGAAUUCCUAUAUGCAGAUGGUCAACGCAAGGGGCUUGCCAGUGAUGGACUUGCUGGGCUCCAGUAUUUCCUGCCUCAAUGCCAGGGUCGAUUGAAAUUGGCCUGGAAGCUAGUUAAAGUCUGGCAGAGGGUGGAACCACCCAUGCGUGUGCUGCCACUGAGUCCACUCCUGGUGUUAGGCAUGGCAGGGUUGGCAGCGGGUUUGGGACUUCCAGACAUUGCUGCUGGCCUGUUGAUCUGCUUUGACGGCAUCUUGAGAAGUGGCGAAUUGUACCAGCUGCGGGUUGCCGAUGUCACUUUUUAUGAGUCAAGGGCGGCCUUGCGGUUAGGGUUGACUAAAGCGGGCAAACGUACGGGGCAAGAAGAAAUGGUUGUGGUCAACAGUCGAAUUGCAAUCAACUGGCUUCGUCGAGCUUGCGCCCGCAGGUCUGGUGACGAACUCCUCAUUCGCCGUGGCCCCGACUUCUUCCGUAAAUGCUUCAAGCUGUUUGUGGCCGAGUUCGGUCUGUCAGAUGCAAAUAUAAACGUCUAUUCUUUGCGCCGAGGAGGCGCCACUUGA